AUGGGCGCGUGCUGCUCGCGCGAUGUCAUCGCGAAGGUUCCGAAGACCAUCAUCCCCGAUCCCCUAGACGGUGCGCGUCCGCCCCGAUGGAAUUGUCGGAUACAUACGUGUCCCGAAAGGUCGCGGCGUGCGCGAUCUCCCCCUCGUCUGACGCGCAUACGUCCCCCGCAUCCCCCCUCCCCCCCUCCGCUCCGCGCGUAUUCAGGCGAGUCCGUGUGCGUCUCCAUCAAACAGACCGGGUGGCUCUCCCGGGAUUACACCGUGUACACGAACCCGGAGCAAGUGCUCGACGGCUCGAACUGCUUCACGGACUUCUCGUGGUUCUUUCUCAAUAAGAGCGGCAAACGCGGCGGCGAGGUCUGCGUCGAGCUCGAAAACUUCGUCAGAGGCUGGGACCGCGACAACGUGAAGCGCGGGCAGCCGCUGUGGCGCGUCGACUUCGUGGACAAGCCCGCGUUCUGGCAGAACGUCCGCCAGCCCGGGUCCGCGGUGGUCAUGCCUCCCAUCGCGCUCUUCGGAAAAGUCGCGCUUCAGUGGGGAGGCCACGGCGCCUUGCACCACGACCAGAGGUACCUCGCGAUGCUCCGCACGCGUCGCACGCACCACCACUGCGAGCAUCUCGCGACGGCGAUCUGCAACUUUCACAUGAACGCGGGCGCGACGUUGUCGUCGUACGGCGCCGCGAUGGGCUGCGGCGGCUUGCCGAUCCCUCCGCGGAAGUGCUUCGGGAGAGACGUCUGUCUCAACGUCCAAGCCCUCGGCACCGCGGCGUGUCGGUGGUACAAAGUCACGCGCGAGAGCACGGACGAAGACGGCCGCGUGAGUUACCACACGUCCAUCGAGAGAGACACGAUGGAGCACGUGGACGUCACCGAGUUCGCGCUUCUCGACCGCGCGGAUCCGACUUUACGCACCGUGGUGACGAUUCCGGCGACGGGCGUCCCCGUCGCGUUUGGGAUGACCGGGGACGUAACCGACGACACCGCCAACUACGACUGCCCGCUGUUCACGGUUCGACAGAACGGCGGGUUCUGGUCGAACGACCCGCCGUGCGUGACGACCAAGCCGGGCGUGGACCCCGCGCUCGCCAUCUUGCUCUCGCACCUCAUGCUGAAGGAGUACUCGACGAAGGAGAUCAAGAAGGACUUCAAGCCGCAGUUUGAUCACUCGCCGCCGUGGGGGAGGACGGGGAUGAUGUGA